GCGGGCCGCACGCCGCCCAGCGCGAAGAUGGCAGCGGAGCCGCAAGCCAAGAAGCUCAAGCUGGAGCAAAAGCAACUGAGUGAAAAUGUCCUGUUCGGAAUGGGAAAUCCUCUGCUUGAUAUCUGUGCAGUUGUGGACAAGGACUUCCUUGACAAGUAUGGGCUGAAGCCAAAUGACCAAAUUCUGGCAGAAGAGAGGCACAAAGAACUAUUUGAAGAACUUGUGAAAAAGUUCAAGGUAGAAUAUCAUGCUGGUGGUUCUACUCAAAAUUCCGUUAAAGUGGCCCAGUGGAUGAUUCAGAGCCCUUACAAAGCUGCAACUUUCUUUGGGUGCAUUGGCAAAGAUAAAUUUGGAGAGAUCUUAAAGAAGAAGGCUGAGGAAGCUCAUGUGGAUGCCCAUUAUUAUGAACAGAGUGAAGAACCAACAGGAACCUGUGCUGCCUGCAUCACUAGUGAUAACAGGUCUCUUGUAGCCAACCUCGCUGCUGCUAAUUGCUAUAAGAAGGAAAAGCAUCUUGAUUUGGAGAAGAACUGGAAGUUGGUGGAAAAGGCCAAAGUUUAUUAUAUAGCAGGAUUCUUCCUGACGGUGUCACCAGAAGCAGUAUUAAAAGUGGCUGCUCAGGCUUCUGCAAACAACAAGAUCUUCAGCUUGAAUCUUUCUGCACCAUUUAUUAGCCAGUUCUACAAAGAGCCUAUGAUGAAAGUCAUGCCUUAUGUCGACGUCCUUUUUGGAAAUGAGACGGAAGCUGCCACUUUUGCUAGAGAGCAAGGCUUUGAGACUGAAGACAUUAAAGAGAUAGCCCGGAAGACACAAGCCCUGCCAAAGGUGAACGCUAAAAGGCAACGAAUCGUAGUCUUCACCCAGGGGAAAGAUGACACUGUAAUGGCUACAGAAAAUGAAGUGACUACUUUCCCUGUGUUGGUGAGUGAUCAGAGUGAAAUUGUGGAUACCAAUGGAGCUGGAGAUGCAUUUGUUGGAGGCUUUCUCUCACAGCUCGUCUAUGACCGGCCAGUGACCGAGUGCAUCCGGGCUGGACAUUACGCAGCCAGCGUAAUUAUCAAGCGUUCAGGUUGCACCUUCCCAGAGAAGCCUGACUUCCACUGAUACUGGCUAAUUGGAGGGAUCAAGAGUAACUCCCAUGUUGCCAUGGGAUUGCUGCCUAAAUUUUUCCUCCUUCCCUUUCCUCACCUUUCCAAUUACCUGCAUCAACGCUUCUGUACUUCUGUUCAUUGUAUUCUAAACAAAAUAUAUAUUUCUAUGGCAUUUUCCUUUUCAUCCCACUACAAUGUCUGAGUAGUCUUAACUUUUGGAAACAGUGCUAAGUGAAGCUUAUUCUCGCAUCCAUGAGGAAAAAUUGUUCUAUUUACACAGUUUAUAAGGAAGUCCCAUGUAAAUGAUACUGCUGAUUAACACCGUUAAAAUACUUCUGUUGAACUAUCUAGUUUGUACCCAGCUGUGGCCAAAUCCUACUCAACUUACGUGAAAUCAACAGACCUGACUUUAUUUGUCACUUAACCUUGUAAACCAGUGGAGUCACACUAGCGUCAAGAGCCAUGUAAAUGUCCCAAGAAUUUCCUUACACAUUUGAGUGUGCAAGAUCUGGCCGUCAGAUCCAGCCCAGCUCCCAUGAAAGCGAGUAGCUAUUUUGUCAGUAAUUUAAGGACCUGAUGCAAAGCUGAUGUCAU